CAACCAGCAAAAGCACAGACCUGCAAGACUUGUUCCAAGUGCACCUCCUCUAGUGAUAGAGCCAUGAACUCGCUGUUGUUCCUGUAUCUGAACUUGAUCCGCGGCCCGCAGAUUGUGGCCGCCCGUCGCGAGAAGGAAGAGAAGGAGAAGCGCGCGCAGCUGGAGGCCAACAUCGCGAGUGGGAAGGUGACGAAGAUGGCGAGCUGCAAGAAGUGCGACGCGCCCGUGAACCGCCUGUCGGUGCCUGUCGUUGCCACACCCACGUGCGCUGCGUGUCUGGCCAAGGAGGCCGAGGAGCUGCGCGUGGCCAAGAUGCAGAUGCGGAGGGAGAUCAAGAUGUCGCCCUUCUUGUGGUUCCAGGUGUUCAUCAUGCUGCUGGGUCUCACUGUCUUCUUCCACCGCAACGUCAUGCCGCUGUUUUAAUUAGUAUCGUAGGAGAAGAAGAAGGUCAAGCGUAAGCACACAAGGGUACUUUCGUCACAAAUGGUUAUGUUAAUGAGUUUCACACACC